AUGAGACUUCUGCUCUUGACGGUACUCGUCCUCGCAGAAUGCGGGAUCUCCCAAGCCCAGCUCAAUUCCACAGCAGCGGGCAACAACUCCCAGCCAACAUACUCUGCGGUGCCCCAACUUCCAAGGAACUCAUCUUCGGUUUUGGAGCCCCUAUUUCAACCCUACUCCAACAGGACACCCGUCUUCAAGAAUGAGGCCGUCAUCAGACACCUGACCGAGAACCCCGGCGCAAGACUGGACCACUUGGAUCUCUCGUCGUUGGCAAAAAGGCAGGACAAUGGUCUCCCCGUAGGUACUUGCGCGCCUGGGAUUCCUUGCUCCAACGGCGCGUGUUGCAGCAGCACGGGCGUGUGCUCGUACGCACCCACGAGCUGCGGUGCCGACGUUUGCAUAUCCAACUGCAAUGCGAAAGCUCCCUGUGGCCAGUACGCAGUCCCUGAUAAAGCAUCAUGCCCCCUGAACGUAUGUUGCUCCCAGUUUGGGUUUUGUGGCAGCACCGACGACUUCUGCGGUGACGGGUGCCAGGAAGGCUUCGGCGGCUGCGGGCCGCCUCCUACUCCUCAAUGUUCUGGUAGCUCAGCAAUGGCCCGGCGAAUCGGCUACUAUGAGAGCUGGGCAACGACGCGGCCGUGUGAUGUGGUCCAGCCAGAGGACUUGCACCUGACGGGCAUGACACACCUCAACUUCGCCUUCUCCUUCUUCGACCCGUCCACGUUCCAGAUCACGCCCAUGGACGCGAACGCGGCAUCGCUGUUGUCACGAUUCACUGCACUCAAGACCAAGCAGCCGGGACUGCAAGUGUGGCUCUCGGUCGGCGGAUGGUCGUUCAACGAUGCCACCAAUACGCCCAACACUCAGAAUGCUUUCAGUGACAUGACCGGGUCCGCUGCAAACAGACGGGCCUUCAUCACAUCGCUGCGCAACUUUAUGCAGACGUACGGCUUCGACGGCGUCGAUCUUGAUUGGGAGUAUCCUGUGGCUGACGACAGGGGCGGAAAAGAGGCCGACUUUGCCAACUAUCCCACCUUCCUCUCCGAACUGAGAGCUUCAUUCGGCAGUGCUCUGGGUAUAAGCGCCACAAUACCGUCCUCUUACUGGUACCUCCAGCAUUUUGACCUUGUAAGCAUGGAGCCUCACCUGGACUGGCUUAAUUUGAUGAGCUACGAUAUCCAUGGCGUCUGGGACUCGACCAACAAGUUCACGGGACCGUAUAUCCGUCCACAUACCAACUUGACUGAGAUUGAGGACGGUCUCUCCUUGCUGUGGCGCGCCGGUGUCAGCCCGUCUAAGGUUGUGCUCGGUCUGGGCUGGUAUGGUCGCUCUUUCACGCUGACUGACCCUGCCUGCAACGUCCCCAAUGGUGUAUGCCAGUUCUCAUCAGGGGGCACGGCUGGCGAGUGCUCGCGGUCGUCCGGGACGUUGACCAACGCCGAGAUCAAGCGGAUUCAGGCCUCGGGCGGCGUUGUUGAAUCAUACGACGAAAAGGCGGCGGUGAGGUGGAUGACGUGGGAUUCAAACCAGUGGAUCAGCUACGACGAUGGCGUGACUAUGCAGCAGAAGAUGAACAGAGCCAACAGCCUGUGUUUGGGGGGCAUUAUGAUUUGGGCGUUGGACCAGGACAAUGCGGCCGGUGAUAGUAUGAGUGAUCUUCUGGGUAUCGGGCCGGCCAACGGCAUCUCGCCAGAGGCUGCCCAGUCGUAUAAGGAGCAGCUGGCCAACGCAACGCUUCAACAGGCCAUUGCAUCGAGCUGCUACUGGUCUCUAUGUGGCCAAGGUUGUCACACUGGCUACUUCGGGACCACCGAAGCCCGAGGCCAGGUCGCAGGCGUUCAGAAAAACUCCAUCUGCGCCUUGGGAGAGACUCAGACUCUAUGUUGCGCCCCGGGCACAACGAUGGGCACCUGCAGCUGGGAGGGCUUCCGCGGAGUUGGUUUCCCCUGCUCUCCGGCGUGUAGCGAUGCCAAAGCCACCAUCGUGGCGCGCAACAGUAAUUCCUAUCAAGACAACGAAGGGGGUCAGACAGCCGAUCUGACCUGUACCGGUGGUUAUCAGGCAUACUGCUGCACGGGAUUCGUCCCCUCAUCCAUCACCAACUCGGGAAACCUCGUCCUCUACGGCCAGAACGGCGACGAGGUCAGCAAGCGCGAUGUCAUGACAGGCGAACUCGCCGUAGUACAAGAACGCGGCGUCGUCCUCCACGAGCGUGGCGCCCCUCUUCUGCUUGGCGGCCUCGGCGCCCUUUGUCUAGACGCAGCUGCCCCCCUCCUAGCUUUGGCACCCUUCACGUUUGGUCUGUCCGCCGCUAUCGAGGGUGCCAUCUGCGCUGCCGCCGCACUCGCCGCACUCGCCGUAGGCUUCGCCAUUAUCUCGUCCAUUGUCGGGUGGCUCUUUGGCUCUCCUCCAUCUCAGCCCAACACCGGUGUUCCAACCACCAUCAAUGGGAGAGCUUCAUACGGCCAAUGGCCGAUCCUGGACUUUGGCGGAGCUGCCACGUCCACCAGUUGCGACUGCUCCGUCACCUACACGUGCCGUUACGGCCUCGGCUGGGAUGAGGUCUGCGACAACCAGCGCUGGGCCAUCAAUAAAAAACUCGGCGGCCAGACCGUCUUCAAUCCCUUCUCGUCGGGAGGAGGCGUUAAUCGUGCUUACUCGGGCUGGGGACAGACGUCCACACAGCGAAAUGCUGCAUAUCGCACGCUUGUUCAGGGUACAAACCGGCCUGAUGCUGCCCGAUGUCAGCUUGAUGAGUUCCCCAUGGCCAACCUUCGCGAGUCUGGUAACGGAGCUCCGCAGGCCUGUCGCCUGGUCAACAAGCGUGCGAACGGGGCGCAAGGGGGGGAUUAUUUGGCGUGGAAGAGGGCGCAGUGGGUGCCCUGCUUCAGAUAUCGGAGGGACGUCUGUCGCAUCAAUGACAAUGGGCCACCGGCUACAUGGAAAUUUGGUCCACUGGCUGGUAACCGCGGCUCUGGCAGUGGUAAACACUUCAUUGAUGCCUUUGGAUUUGACCUGCAGACGCCUGGCUCGUUGUGCUUUGCCUCGUACACUUAUACCCGGGUGCCAGGGGCUAUCGAAAACACCAUGAUCACCGAUCAUGGCUUCCGCGUGCUUGAUGAUGACCCGUCCGAUCCAGCUCCAGUUGGUGCGCCUCGUCCUUAUAAUCUUCAACCUGGCAUAUUCCAGAGAGAGCUCGUUGUUUCCAGCAAUACUACGGCAAAUGCUACGGACAAUAACGUCUGUCACGUCGACCUCAGUGGCCAGGAUGCCGAUGACAUCAACGCCGAAUUGGACUAUGACAACCUCCUUUUCGUUGACAGGGAUGGCAACCCAGUUGACGGACGUACUUGUGGUGUCAUCUACGAUGAUCGAGAUGAGGACUCUCAAGUGCACAUCGUGGUCGAUGCGGACGGCAACGUUGUCGAUAUGUACACGGAUGAUGAAGCAGCUGCUGGUCUGUUCAGCGCCGAUCCUGCCCCCGAUAGCAGUACCGUCACAGUCACCGCCGAAACCGCGACGAUGACAGAAGCCGCGCGACCAGGGAGCGGGGAGCCUACCCUUCCCAUAAGUACUAUGGUGACGACGACGAGAAUGGGAAGCGUAGUCACACUUGCGCCAUCCUAA